AUGAAGAAGUUGCUGCUGCAAGUUGAGGUUCCACGGGACCAUGCCUCUCUUAAUGUUUUCCCACGAUAUGCAUACUCCUGCUUUUUCUUCAACAUUCGCUUGGAAUUCGGCCGGCGAGAGCGUGGCGCAAGCAAGCGUGCUGCUUCACGAUCGACAGACAAUCAUCGACAGGUUUUCAGUGGCCCGGCCGAGGCGCACGACGCGCGUCCGGUGACAGCGAACGAAGGCGAAGGCCGGGAGUCGGCUGCCGCUUCCCGCGCGCCGAAGGUUCACUGCGCGCGUGUCAGCAAGCUCGGCGCAAGCCUGCCUCGCCCGCGCGGCAGUCUAUCUAUCUAUCUAUCUAUCUAUCUAUCUAUCUAUCUAUCUAUCUUAGUCUGUUCAUAUCUAUCUAUCUAUCUAUCUAUCUAUCUAUCUAUCUUAGUCUGUUCAUAUCUAUCUAUCUAUCUAUCUAUCUCGGUUUUUUCAUCUCUAUCUCUAUAUCUAUCUAACUUGAAAACAUUAUUAACAUGA